CCGGGGCGGCGGCCGGGGGUCGCGGGCCGCGGCGGGCCGGGGGCGGAGGCGCAGAGGCGGAGGCCUGGUAGCCGGGCAGGGGCGCCAUGGCGGCGGCCGAGACGAAGAUCAUCUACCACCUGGACGAGCAGGAGACGCCGUACCUGGUGAAGCUGCCGAUCCCGGCCGAACGCGUCACCCUCGGCGACUUCAAGGGCCUCCUCAACCGCCCCAACUACAAGUUCUACUUCAAGUCCAUGGACGACGACUUCGGGGUGGUGAAAGAAGAGAUCUCUGAUGACAAUGCCAAGCUUCCCUGCUUCAAUGGCCGGGUGGUGUCUUGGCUGGUGUCUGCAGAGGGUUCCCAUUCAGAUGCUGGCUCAGUCUGUGCUGAUAACCAGACAGAGCUGCCACCUUCUAUGGAGCGCACAGGAGGAAUUGGAGACUCCAGGCCUCCCUCUUUCCACCCUAACACUGGGGGGAGUCGAGAAAAUUUGGACAAUGAGACAGAGACGGACUCAGUGGUGUCAUCCCAAAGGGAACGACCCCGUCGGACAGAUGGGCCUGAGCAUGCGCCCAGGGUGAAUGGGACUGCAAAGGGAGAGCGGCGCCGAGAUCUGGGCGGGUAUGAGAGCUCCUCCACGCUCAUGAGCAGCGAGCUGGAGACCACCAGCUUCUUCGAUUCAGAUGAAGAUGACUCCACCAGCAGAUUUAGCAGUUCGACAGAGCAAAGCAGUGCUUCUCGUCUAAUGAGGAGACACAAGCGACGCCGGCGGAAACAGAAGGCUCCACGCAUUGAGCGGUCAUCGUCCUUCAGCAGUAUCACAGACUCCACCAUGUCCCUGAACAUCAUCACAGUCACACUGAACAUGGAGAAAUACAACUUCCUGGGCAUUUCUAUUGUGGGACAGAGCAAUGUGCAUGGAGAUGGAGGCAUUUAUAUUGGCUCUAUCAUGAAGGGCGGCGCUGUAGCAGCUGAUGGCAGGAUUGAGCCAGGAGACAUGCUCUUGCAGGUAAAUGACAUCAACUUUGAGAACAUGAGCAACGAUGAUGCCGUGCGGGUGCUGAGGGAGAUUGUGCAUAAGCCCGGGCCCAUCACCCUGACAGUGGCCAAGUGCUGGGACCCCAGCCCCCGUGGCUGCUUCUCGUUACCAAGGAUUGCUCCCCAGCGGAUCUGGGCUGGGCCAGACUCUCCAUGCUCCGAUCCGGGUGAGCCCAUUCGGCCCAUUGACCCGGCAGCCUGGGUGUCUCACACAGCAGCGAUGACCGGCACCUACCCAGCGUACGGUAUGAGUCCAUCCAUGAGCACAAUCACUUCCACCAGCUCCUCCAUCACCAGCUCCAUACCAGAGACUGAACGCCUCGAUGACUUUCACCUGUCCAUCCACAGUGACAUGGCCACCAUUGUCAAAGCCAUGGCCUCACCAGAGUCAGGCCUGGAGGUGCGUGACCGCAUGUGGCUGAAGAUCACCAUCCCCAAUGCCUUCAUUGGUUCGGAUGUGGUGGAUUGGCUCUAUCACCAUGUGGAGGGCUUUACAGACCGUCGUGAAUCCCGCAAAUAUGCCAGCUAUCUGCUGAAGGCUGGCUAUAUCCGACAUACCGUCAACAAGAUCACCUUCUCAGAGCAGUGUUACUACAUCUUCGGGGACCUCUGUGGAAACAUGGCUAAUCUAUCUCUUCACAAUCAUGAUGGUUCCAGCGGUGCCUCUGAUCAGGACACUUUGGCUCCGCUCCCGCACCCAGGAGCCGCACCCUGGCCUAUGGCUUUCCCAUACCAGUAUCCACCUCCUCAUCCAUACAACCCCCACCCCGGCUUCCCUGAUCCAGGAUACAGCUAUGGAGGAGGCAGUGCAGGCAGCCAGCACAGUGAAGGGAGCCGGAGCAGCGGUUCCAAUCGCAGUGGCAGUGAGAGAAGGAAGGAGAGAGAGAAGACUGGGGAGUCCAAGUCAGGCGGCAGCGGUAGUGAGUCGGACCACACCACAAGGAGCAGCAUGCGGCGUGAGCGCGCAGCCAGCGAGCGCUCGGUGCCAGCCAGCCAGCACAGCCAGCGCAGCCAGCACUCACUGGCUCACAGCAUCCGCAGCCACCACAGCCAGCAGUCGUAUGGGCCGCCCGGUCUCCCGCCUCUCUUCAGCCCCCCCAUGUUGCUGAUGCCUCCACCACCUUCAGCCAUGGGGCCCCCUGGGGCACCGCCAGGCCGUGACCUGGCCUCUGUGCCCCCUGAACUGACAGCCAGUAGACAGUCCUUCCGAAUGGCUAUGGGCAACCCCACAAAGAAUUACGGGGUGUUUGACUUUCUGUGAGCCUGCCGCCCGUGGGGGGGAGAGCUGGAGCGUGGCGUGGCCCGACAGGAGGACACGGAGCUCCAGGGGCGCUGGGCACGCGUGGCGCUGAAGAUGGCUUCUUUCCUCCCCCUUGCGAAGACACCCUGCCCUUCCUGCAGCCCUGUGAGGGGAGCAGGGACCAGCCUUCCAUAUGCGUGUCAAACCCCCUUGUAGCUGCCUUUCGGCUAAUGCAUGAAUGUUGCAGGGCUUCAGUGCCUCCGGGCAGUGGAGAGAUGCUGCCGCUUCCCUCUUGCCUUCCUUCUCUUGCGCACACGCUGGGGCAGGUCCAGGCCUGGCCCAGCCUCAUUGCAGGACCCUUUUUCACCUUGCCCCUGUCUUGAGGCUGUAGCUCUGCAUUCAUCCCGGAGCUGUGGUUGGUGCCUGUGCACGUCCUGCACAACUCAGGGCCCUACGCUUGCCCUUGGCUACUUGGAGUGGUUCAAGGGCAGAAUUCUGACCCCUCCAGCCGCUCUUUGCCCUCCUGACUGUGACGUGCUGUUGCCUGUCCCGUUUGUAGGGGCUCUCCAAUGCCUGGGGCUGGCAGCUACAGCUGUGGCCUUCUCCUUCCUGCUGUUGAGCAAUGUGACAUCUUUAGGGGCCAGCAUGGAUGUAGAGGGGCACAGCUGUUUU